CUGGUUCUCUCGUCCCGUUCUGUCGCCAUGGAAGGGGGGUCGCUAUGGCAACGCACCUGGCCUAGCAAUGUCCAGAAGCCUGAGACGGAGGCGAGGCAGCUGACCGAGGUGUUGGUUCGGCCGGAAGGGAGACCGAAGGAGCGAUGAAGGCUUUUCUGAAGGGUCCCGACAGCAUCUGGGCCCUGAGGCCAAAGAUCACCCUGAUAGGAAGGCAUGAAGAUGCGGACAUUAUCCUCAAGGCGGUUUUGAUGCUUUGGGUCCUGGACCGUAACUCUCAGUCCGCAGGGAUCGAAGACCACCACGCAGCCCUCGAAUUCAGCGAGGCAGAGAACAGCUUCGUCCUGCGGGAUUUCAACUCGGCCCAAGGGACCUUUGUGAACGAUUGCCAGAUCCAGAACGCGGCGGUGAAAGUCGGCCCGGGAGACGUCUUGCACUUCGGUCCCAAUGGCGCCGCUUUUGAGCUGGUGCUGGACAAUGCCCCUCAGCAGGUUUCCUAUCCCCCGGUGGGUCGCCGCCUUGCCUGGCCAGGGCAGCUCCAGAUAGUGACAGAGACGAGAAGUCCUCCAGCGGUGACAGCGCCAUCGCAGUUUCCAAGCCUUGCGUCUCAGUCUUCACCGCCCACGAGCCGCAGCUGGUCCUACGUCUCCAGCGGGGCCUCUCCGCAUCCGCCGCGCCGAAAGAAGCCCAUCAAUGCUUGGGGCAGAGCCAUCGCGUCGCCGUCUUUCUCUCCUGAUGCUUUCACCAGGCCGUCUGCGGUUGUCGGAGGGGACGGAGGUGCGACUGGACCCCUGACCAACGUCCAUCAAGGGGACACGCUUCUCAAGGAAAGGGACGAAAUGAUCCUGAAACUGGGGAACGAAAUCGGCCGACUCUCUGCCUUCGAAAGUGAAUGCAACCGCAAAGACCUGCUGAUAGCUAACCUUCAGAAUGAGAUUGCAGCCAUGGCAGAGAAGUUGGCAGCGGCUGCUCCUAAAAGAGAAGCCGAAUUCCAUCAGAAGCUGCUGGGCCUCGAAGAAGAAGUGGCUGCAAAGGCGGAAGAGAUUAAAGCCUUGAGGGAGCAGAUCAAAACCUUGCAGAAGAACACCAGUGAGGUCAUGUACCAUUCCCUUUCCGAACGAGACUUACAGAUCGCACACUGGAAGCAAGAGACGGAGACGCUGAAGAAGAGCUAUUCCCUUACGACCGGGCUGGUGACCAGUUUGCAAAAAGACAUGACCUGGAAGGACCAGAAGAUCCAGCAGCUGAAAAUGGAGGGUGAGAAAUUAAGGAGAGAGAACAGGGAGAAAGACAGCCAGCUUGCCCACAUUUCUGCCCAGUGCUCUAGAAUUAAAGAGGAAACCAAGCGUGAACUCAGGGAGAGAGAAGUAAAUGCCUAUGAGAAUCACGUUGCUGAGCUGGAACUGCAAGUGCGGAGGUCCGAAGAUGACAUGAAAAAGUGCCGAGCGGAACAAGACACUUUGGCCAACCAACUGGCCGAAAAAACAAAGGCUGAAGGGGAGCUGAGAGACGAGUGCGAGAGGAAAGCACAGCAGUUGCAAGAAAUGGGACGCAGGGAGCGCCUCAUGAAGUCGGACAUGGACCGGGCAGCAACACAGGCGCAGGGCUUUAGAAACCAAAUCGCUGAAAUACUGUUUUUCCAACUUCCGGAGAAGUCAGUGACGGACCAAGAGAUUAUGGAGAAGAUACAGCAAAUCCAAGCGGCCAACGUGGAGUAUUGCCAGAAGGAGAUGGAGCUGAGGGAAGAAAUGCACGUCAAUGAAUCCGAAAUGGAGGAAAUGUCGGAAAACGUGGCGACGCUGAAGAAGGCACUGGACCGGUUUCAGGACUUCUUGCAAACUCCCUAUUGCAGCAAUAGCUUGAGGAAGGAGAUCUCCGGUCUUCAAAAUACCUUCCUGGUGCCACCGGUUUCAGAUGUCCAAGCCGCGGUCGCCAAAAUCCUGGACACUUUGCUGAACUGGGUGGAUGCAACGGAAGGUCUCCUUCGAGACGUGGGUCUGGAUGGAUCCGGCUCUGGAAAAGGAAUGCCCUCUUAUAUGAAGCAGCUGCGGGACCUCCAUUGUAACACUAUGGGCCAACUUCAGACGUUACAGGACCAGCUAAAAAUGGCCAAAGACUCUCAGGAUACGAUGCUCCAGGAACGGCUGAAGGAGCUGCAAGAAAAACUCGAGGAGGAAUUUCAGGGCAAAGAGAGGGAAGAUCUGGAAGUUGAGAAGGAGCACAGAAAGGUUCUGGAGGGAAUGGCUGCCCUGGAAGAAGCAAAAUGGAAGGAGGCCAUUGGUGAAGAAAAGAAAAGGGUCGAAGAUUUGGAGACGCGAGCAAAGCAACUGUCAGAGGCGCUAGAAGAGAAAGCAAAAUCGGAGGCAGCUGCCAAUGCCAGAGUAACAGAGACUCUGGAGAGCCUAGAAGCGGCAGAGAGGAGAAAGACUCUGGUGGAAGAGAAGUUAAUGGUCUGCGAGAAACGCCUGGAAAGCCUGGAGAAAGAGAACGAGGCGCAGAAGCGGAAGCAUCAGGAGGAGACGUCCGAAUACAAGGAACAAGUCAAGCAACACUCCAGGACAAUCGUGGAUUUGGAAAGCAAAUAUGUGGAAGCUGCCCGGCACGCAAAGAAGUCCAAGGAAGAAAACGGGAACCUUCAGAAGCAAAUAGAAGAAAUGCAGAGGAAGUCUUGCAGAUCCUUGCCUGCCUGUUUGCAAGAAACCAUUUCCCCGGAAGAGUCCCACAGUUUCUGGAGGGAAGAACUCAGAGCCGCCAGACAGAAAGUCUUGUCCAGCGAGGCUGUCAUGGCGGAACUGAAGAAGGAGCUCUCCGAAGCCAGAGCCAGGGUCUCCGACGCAAUCGGAGAACUCAGCGAAAAGCAGAAAAUGGAGCUGGAGCAAAAGCAAAGCCUCGUCCACAGCCAAGGCCAAGAGAUCCUCCAGCUCCAGGAGAAGCUCUUUGAGAUGAGCAACCUUGUGGACCAGAAGGACUCCGACCUCAAAAUAGUCAGAGGAGAAUUAAGGUAAACUGACCAAAAGCUUUGGCAUGAAAGAAGACAAGGGACUGACCCACAAUAAUCUAGCUGCCAAGCCUUUAGGUUAAAAUCACAUGUUAAGAGAAAAUGCCUGUUCCCAACUCCUAUAGUAUUUCCCAUCCAGACCUGCAGCUCCUUCGAGGCUCACAAAUGACCAGUCGCAUUGCCGCACGCCAUCGCCAUUUUGCGACUGUCACAAAACGAAACCAAUUUAUAUGGAAGUAUAAAACUAUGCUAAUUUUGAGGCUGAAUUGAAGACAACCUUUUUUAGAGAGCCAUUCGAAAUCACUGGUUAUUAAUCUGCUGCUUAUUUUGUUGUUGUUGUUGUUUAUUGUAUACUAGUUAGUUAUUAUUUCAGAGAUAUUUUAAUCAUGUCAUGCUGUCGUUUUAGAUCGGACACCGCUUGGCAGGUUUUUAUUCUUAUGUUUUUCCUUCGUUAUUUUAUUUGACCCUUAUUAUGUAUAGCGCUGGGCAAACUUUACAGCGCUCUAUAAAUGAUGAUGAUGAUGAUGAUGAUGAUGAUGAUGAUGAUGAUGAUAAUAAUAAUAUAAGUAGGCAAGUUCAUGCUAAAGAUAAACAGACACCAUUUGCCAUUAAGAAAACUCCACUUCACUCUCUUUCCUCCUCCUUCUUUCUCUUUCUUCCUCUUGUCUUCCUUUUACUUCUUUCUCACUUCU